AUGCUAGAAGAAGAGUAUGAGAAUUUAUACCAACAAGAAGAGACCACGCUUACUAAACAUCUGUUACCAAUUAAAACCAAAACGGGAAUCGUUCCUGUAGUGGAAGAAAUCUCGAAUGAAGCAGAUGAGCCACAGAUCAGUGAAGACGAAGUUGAAGAAAACGAGGUAGAAGAGGAGCCCAAGGUUACUACAACGAUCACGGCGGCAGAACUAUUGGUACGGCAGAGUAAAACUGUAGGAGAUAAAAAGAUUCAAAUUGGCAGUUUGAGUGCCAGUAUUUUAGAAGACCCGAAUGAGAAAAUUGAUAAUUUAAGGAUUUUAGUCAAGAUGCUUGAAAGAGAUGAAGUGAAUGAUUCGUUAAUAAUUAAAAAAAUGGUUAUUAUGUCUUUAGUUGAAGUCUUCAAAGAUUUAUUGCCUUCGUAUCGUUUUAAGGAAGAUCUUGAUAAGUCCGUAAAAUUAAAAAAGGAGACGUUAAAAUUAAAUAAAUUUGAAUCAACAAUUCUGCAAAGUUAUAAAAAGUUUCUUCGCUUUUUAGCAAUAUUUUCAUCCGUUUUAAUUAAACAACAAGGUAGAACUGCAACGUCUAACAACGUGAAAUUGAGAUUGGGAGAGAUAUCUGUGAAUGCGUUGUCCGAGUUACUACAGGCGCAUCCUUAUUUUAACUACAGUGAAAAUAUAGCGCAAGUUGUAAUCCCCUUUUUGAACCAUUCAAAUAGUGCGAUUCGCGAGAAAGUUAAAUUAAUGUGCAAAACAAUAUUUAGUGACGAUUUAAAAUCGGAAAUAACACUGAAGAUUGUGAGACUAAUAAAUCAUUAUCUCAAGAAAUUUGAUUUCGUCAUCCACACAGAAAUGCUGGAUGUACUGCUUUUUUUAAAAAUUAAGGAAGUCAACAUGGAUAACGAAAGGAUUCAGAAAUUGAAGCAGAAGAAAUUACAGUCACAUAAGGGAAAUAUAUUGAAACUGUCGAAAAACGAAAAGAAACGGGCUGCACGCGUGAAGGAAGUGGAAAAGGCGCUAAUGGAGGCGAAAGCUGAAGAGAGCAGACAGGGUAAACAGAAGAAUGUCACGGAAAUAACUAAAUUCAUUUUCGGAAUUUUCUUUAAAGUGUUGAAAAACUCUACAAAUACGAAAAUUGUAGGCAUAUGUUUACAAGGGGUCGCACAGUUCGCGCAUUGCCUGAGUAUCGAGUUUUAUAUGGAUCUUAUUGCUAUUUUAGGCAAUCUGCUACAGGAGGAUUGGAUGGCUUACACGGAGAAGCAGAAAUGCAUUCAAACAAUUUUUGCUAUUCUUUGUCAACAAGGGGAAGUAUUCAAUUUUGAUCCGGCGGGAUUUUAUUCUAAUAUAUAUGAAGAGUUGUUAACUGUUCACUGUGGACAUACCUACAAGGACUUCAGUGUAGUUUUAGAUACUCUCAUAUACGCAUUAGUGAAACGUCAAAAGAAAAUAUCCCAAAAGCGGAUGGCAAGUUUUCUGAAGAGGUUGGCAACGUUAAGCUUGCAAGUAUCUCACGAUGGGGCAUUAAGUUGUUUGGCCAUUUGUAAAUCCCUUUUACAGUCGAAUACUGCGAUGGACAUUUUAUUAGAUUUGGAAUCGUCAUGGGGCGAUGGCUCCUAUCAGCCUGAAUUAAACGAUCCCGAAUACUGUAACGCAUCCAAUUCUGCUUUAAUAUUCAAGACGUAUUGCGCACGGGACUUCUGCUUCAACUGA